AUGAAUGUUCUGCAGAAAUACUUCGUUCUUUUUUGUACAUUUUCUUUUGUAUUCGGUGAUGAGCCCUCUUUUAGAACAAGAUUUGAGUACGAUGAACAACUAUUGGAGAAAAUGAUUCGCAUGGAAUUUGAACAUGCACAGUGGGAAAAACGCGUAAAUGAAACUCUAGGGAAAAUUGAGAAACAGAGAACUGGGAUUCAGACUGAUUUGGAAGUAUUGCGAAAUGAAAGAGAGGAAUUUGACAAGCAUGUAAAUGAGACGAUGAUAUACCUACAGCAACCGGCUAAGCCGCCUCACUCAAGAAUUUUGUUCCGAGCGCGGCAAGUGGCUGAUUAUACCCUAUCAGCUGCAAACCAUAUAAUUAUCUUCUCCGAAAUGCUCAUCAACGUCGGUGGAGGCUACAAUUCUGCAUCCGGAACAUUCACUACACCCGUCGCGGGCUCUUACCUUUUCACCGUCAGCCUAUGUCCGAAAGUUGGAAAGAGCAUAUUCUACAAAAUUGUGGUAAAAGAAGACGUAGUGGCGAACGGACAUUCGUUCGGUGUUUCCGGCUACCCUUGUGUUUACGGGAACGCUAUCGUGCAGCUUGACACCAAUGACGUCGUCUACGUCAAAUCGUCUCAUUACACUGACGAACUCUUAAAAAAUGGGUUGCUCGAUUCGUAUGAUGGAAAAUCGAAUUGUUUUUCCGGUGUACUGCUUCAUUAAACGGCGAAAUCAGUUCGCAAACAAUUCAAAUACUUAGUAAAAUUGUGUUUGAACAAUCUGAAAAACGGAUUCUUUAGAUAACUAUAUGUUUUGUAUCUUUUUUUGUGGUGACUAA